UUCCUGAACCCCUUGGUCUGUCAAGCUCAUUAACGGAAAAUGAGCAUAAAGUUCCUGAACCCCUUGGUUUGCCAAGUUCAUCAUCAUCUAUACCGCCUCAUUCUCCCAAGUUACCAUCCUCACCUAGAGCUUUUGCUUAUGGUAAUGUAUCACGUAAAUCCAGUAAUGAGUCCGAAUUGCCUAGACCUCCACAUAGUCCGAGUCAUGAUAAUAUACCAAACAGUACUAUUAUAAUUGAUCAGAACAAUGAAAGCAAUGGCAGUUAUUUACAAUAUUUACAAGGAACUAUUCAAAUACCUACAAUAGAACACAAUUUACCUAUUAGAUCACAAUCAUUACCAUAUCGAGAAAGUAAUAGUACACCACAACCAUCUAUAUCGGUACCUAGUGAUGAUUCUGAGGAUUCCUCGAAAAAUUCAAGGAGGGAUUCCCUGACUCAUAAUCAUAGUGAUUCAAACCUUGGUAGCACUUAUUUAGCUACGGAUGAUAUUCCAAAGGACAAGGCAUUGAGACCUAGUAAAUCUUUUAAUUACAUUUCACCUGGACCAAGAGCUAGGGUUUCGGCUAUGCCACCUCCUCGAGGAGGGAAUUAUCCCGAAUUACGUAACGCAGGAUUGAAUUCUAGCACGUUAUCAAUUCCUGGUCAAAAUACUCGGCACAGUGUUUAUAUGACACCUGGACAAAAUCCAAGAGAUAGUCCCGCUGCUGAACGUGUAGCUCAACAUAUAAAAAACAAACGGUCUCUUCCUGACGCUGGUAUUGUGACGAAUCCAUCUUAUGGUCUUCAGCAACAGUUACCACAAGCGCAACAACAGCAAAUGACACAACAGCAAAUGGCUCAACAGCCGUUCCAACAACCAGGUUUUACACAGCAACACCUACAGCCGACUCAAAAACUACAAGACUCACAAGUUAUUACCUCAGACGGUAUCUCUGGCAUUGCUGUAAAAAUUAUUGGCAGCAAUAAAAAGAAUAAUGAUAAGGGCAAAGAAGUGUUGGCAUUUGUAAUAUCAGUAGGACAUGCAAGAGUACAAGAUGGUACAAUCGUUGGGUUGGAGAAAGAAUUAUGGAGAGUUGAGAAAUUAUAUUCUGAUUUUUUAUCUUUGGAUUCAAAAUUGAAACUACGCCAAAACAAAAGUACUAUUAAUAAAAUUGGUAAAUUACCGGAUAAAAAUCUCUUCUACAAUAAUGCCCCUAGUAAAGUAGAUCAAAGAAAGAUUGCAUUGGAACAAUAUCUUCAACAUGUCAUUUCAUUACCAUUAAAAGAUUCUAAAGAUUUAUGUGAAUUUUUAAGUUCAAAUGUAAUUGAUCAGGAAGCAAAGGAUUAUCGGCAGACCGGAUAUAAGGAGGGAUAUCUUACAAAAAAAGGCAAGAAUUUUGGUGGUUGGAAAUCAAGAUAUUUUGUGUUGAAUAAUCCUGUGCUUGAUUAUUAUGAGACCAAAGGGGGGAAUCAUCUCGGUUCUAUUCGCCUAACUUAUGCACAAAUUGGGCGACAACAAAAUAAUAAUAUUAAUGAAGCGGAUAAGGAUAGUGACAAUUCCUAUAGGCACGCUUUCCUAAUUUUGGAACCAAAAACUGGUUCUAAGAAUAAACACGUAUUAUGUGCCGAGAGUGAUUCAGAAAGGGAUGAAUGGGUGGAAGCCUUACUUCAGUAUGUUGGUGUAACUGAAGAAGAAGAACGGGAAAGCAAAAAAAGUUCAAAGAAGAAAUUUCCAAAGGAAAUCAUUGCCAAAGUCAGUGCUCAUCCAAUUUCGCAGUUUGGUAAAAAUGAAUUUUUCGAUGCCAAACUUCUUGCAAACGAUAAUGCUAUACUACAAAGAGACAUUCGUCCUGAUAGGAAAAAAGGAAAUGAAUCAAUUUCUAGUUUUAGCACUAUUAGAGGCGAUAAUAUUAAUCAUAACCAAUGGAAUGAGCCACCAAGAAAUUCUUUAGGUGGCAAUCAACAGCAAUCCAUGUUGGGUAUAUCUUCGACUCCAGUAGUGAAACGCGGUAGCGUGUUAGGUCGAGACGAUUCAGAUCGUAGGAACCGUAAUGGAACUCCCGAACCUCGAGAAAAUGCUGCUUCGCCUGUUGGUGGUAUGAGCGUUAACAAUUUACCGCAACAACCCUCAUAUGUUCAAGGAGUACGAGAUGCUGCUCAAAUGCAAAUACAUGGAAAUUUAAGACGUCAGCAUGAUGAUAGUAAUCAAGUUGAAAGGAAAAAAACGUCACGUAAAACUUUCUUUGGCAGUAUGUUUGGGAGUAGUAAAGAUGAUAAGAAGAAAUCUCAUGAAACACGACCUGACGUGUCCAAAAUUGUUUUUGGUGUUCCAUUGGAUUAUGCUAUUUCAGUAGCACGAAUUAAAGAAGGUUAUGAACUUCCUGCUGUAUUAUAUCGAUGUAUUGAAUACUUGGAUGCUUAUAAUGCUACAGAAGAAGAAGGAAUUUACCGCUUAAAUGGGGCUACGGCUACUAUUAAAUUCUUAAAGGAAAGAUUCAACUCUGAGGGAGAUGUUGAUUUAAUAGGCGAAGGUGAAUAUUAUGACGUACAUGCUGUGGCUGGGCUAUUGAAAUUAUACUUGAGGGAAUUGCCCACUAGUGUUCUAACUCGGGAAUUACACGCCGAAUUUGUUAAUGUGAUUGACCUUCUUGAUCGGCGUGAUCGUAUAAAUGAACUUGGUCGUCUUGUUUCUGCCCUUCCUUUAUCAAAUUAUACUUUACUAAGGACAUUAACCGGACAUUUGAUCCGUAUUGUACAGAAUUCCGACAUUAAUAAGAUGACUGUUCGCAAUAUUGGAAUCGUUUUCUCGCCAACCCUGGGUAUUCCUGCAGGUGUUUUUAGUCUUUUUAUGGCUGAAUUUGAUUAUAUUUUCUUUACUGAUAGCAACGGUACAGCUGCACCUAGAACUAUAGAAGCACCUCCAUCUGAAAACAAGGAAAGUGAGACAUCUAAUUCUAGAACAGAAGAAAAUAAUACAUCAGUAGAAACUUUGCAAACUACAACAAAUGACAAUUCUGAUGAAGAUCCUAUUUUACCUGGUGCAUUAUCACCAAAAACUGCUUUGCGGCGCCGAGACCUUCGUGAAGACAUCGACGGAAGGAGUAAUCGUAACAGUAUGCAUUAUAUGGACGGGGCACCAGAGAAUGUGGUUGGUUUGGAAAGAAAGUUGACAGUUACUAAGAAGCUUCGUCGCAAUGACUCUUCAGAUGAAGAAGAAGUCAAUGAUCUUGCUCUUCAAGCAGAUGAUGAUGACGAUGUCGAAAGCUUAUCUUCUGCCUCGGCAGAUGAAUUAACAACAUCUUCGCCGCACAAUUCAUCAAUACGUUCAGCACCAGCUUCACCACUUCUACCGACGCCAAAUGGUUUGCCACGGCCUAAUUCAACAUCUUCUAGUUUGCAUGUAGAAUCCACGGAAGAUACUGCUUCAGAUACGGAUUCACCUGAAUUGCGUAAAAUUCGUCGAUCAACAGUAAGAAACUUUAUAGAACGUGAGCCUAAUUAUGAGGCAUUUUCAGUUAAAGAUGCUCAAAGUUUACAGAAUAAAGAAUUGAAUCAGCAAAGUAGUCUAAAUGCGAAUGGUGAAAUAACUAAUACUGGCAAUGAAAAGUAA